CGCAAUUAAGCAAGCUACCCCAGCAGCGAGCAGCUAGCAAUCAUCUCACAAAAAGCUUGUACUGCCCAGCAACAACUUCAACGCGACAGCAACGACGACCAUGAGCACCAGCGAGGCCGCCCCGGCCCCCGCCGCGACUGUCAUCCCCAUCGACGACGUCGCCGGGCACCACGGCAAGGCCCCGGCCGUGGCCACGGCGCCUCCUCCCGCGGCAUCGUCAGCCGCCCCCGCCCCGCCUGCUGCGAAGGCGGCGGCGCCUCGCAAGACGUGGCUCCCGUUCUUCCGGCGCGCCGACCGUGGCAGCCGGUGCGUGGCGCUCGUCGACUUGGUGCUGAGGAUCGCGGCCUUCGGGCCCGCACUCGCCGCCGCCAUCGCCACGGCCACCUCCGACGAGACGCUCUCCGUCUUCACCCAGUUCUUCCAGUUCCGCGCCCGCUUCGACGACUUCCCGGCGCUCCUGUUCUUCAUGGUGGCCAACGCGAUCGCGGCGGGGUACCUGGUGCUGUCCCUCCCCUUCUCCGCCGCCAUCGUCCUGCGCCCUCAGGCCAUCGGCCUGCGCCACCUCCUGCUCGUCUGCGACUUGAUCAUGGUGGGGAUGCUGACGGCCGCGGCUGCUGCGGCGGCGGCCAUCGUGGACCUGGCGCACUCGGGGAACAUUCGCGCCAACUGGGUGCCCAUCUGCAUGCAGUUCCACGGCUUCUGCCAGCGCACCAGCGGCAGCGUCGUCGCCUCCUUCCUCGCCGUCCUCGUCUUGAUAUUCCUCGUCAUCUUGGCCGCCUUCGCCAUCAGGAGACGCUGAACUGAUCUGAAUGCUAGCUCUACCCAUUUCGUGUUCUUUGCUGCCUUGAAUCGUGUAAUCUCGGUCGUUGUGCUAUGAGAUGUUUCUGUUCGAGUGUGAGCAGUGGCUAGUGGAGUGGAUUGUACGCACUGUUGGUGUAUGUGUUUAUUUAAAAUCUAUUGCCUGCAAAAUGCAAAUGCAAGCCGAUCAGCGUGGUCCUGCCUGAUUGCAAGUACUCAUA